AUGCUCGCCUCUGAAAUGAUCACGAGAAUAGUCAUGGGGUCCAUCGCCGCUGUUCUGAGUCUCUGCUUCCUUGCAACAAGCGUCAUCCUCUAUCUGCGCCAGAAACGAGCUAGUACUCGUCUGCCCGGCGCUCCCAAAUGGCUUCAGCCUGGCUCCGAUGCAACUUCAGAAUGCGAAAAAGGUGGUGUCGAAUCGGUAGGAAUGCUUGAGGUCUGCGAGAAGACGUGGGGCAGUGAAGCUACAAAGGCACUGCCCGCAAGCAUUGCCCAUUAUGCUAAGGGGUUGGAGGUGCGGACGACAUACAAGACGGAAGGUGUUGAAGAAGCAACGCUGGUCGAUACGUCAGAUAAGGAGGCCAGAAGUGUCGUCGUUCAGGAUCUCGUAUCUAUCGUGGACGAAGACGAAAGUCCAAUCGAUCCGGUAGCGUUCAAGCAUGCCUUCUCAUCCAUACCACCAGCACCCAAGCUAGAUUGCGAGCAACCUUUCAUACACCCGUUCGACGAUCCAUCACUCGAGAAUUUCGAUUUCGAUUCGUUUCUUAACGAUGUAGAGAAAAUCCCACCCCCCUUCACAAGUGCGCCCAUACCACAGCGCCCGAGCCUACCGCUUUCGCGAAAGUCGAAAAGGUCAUGGGACACUUCGAACUCGAUCGAUGUAAACUUUGGCAGUAUGCAAGUCAAGGGCGUACGCGAAGUGCGCGAAGACCGACCAAAGCAGGGAUACUGA